ACGGGACGAAUCGCGUGACAUGCAAAGAGGGAUGAUUUGCGGACAGCAAAACACGUUCAAGAGGGAAAUCCGGACGUUCAAAACACCUCUAUGCAGAGUAAUUGGUUUACGCAGCGUGGUUGGACCAGCGGCGUCAGCUUACGCAGUAGUAUGAGGAAUGGGUUGUACAGCUGUCUCCAGUCUCCACGAUCCAGCCAGUGGAACCUGUGUUAGCUAGCCCGUGACACGGUUCCCGUGCCAAUAAUAAUAAUUCCAACGAUGCAGACGCAUGCGUCCCCAAGUGGCCCCCGAUCCCAUCCUGGCGAUGUUGCUGUGCUGUGCUGGUUGUUGACAUGGUGAAGUUGUUGGGCAGCAAACGGAAACUCUUCGCGCUCAACGAUUGGCGGCGAUGACGUCGCAGCGCCAAGUCUCGCCCAACCAACCAGCGCAGGUUGCCGUCAGCCGUUUCCGUCCUCUGGAGAGCGGAAGUACCGCGCCACCGUUUUUGUGCGGUGAGGUACGGAGUAUAAUAAUACAUGUACAGGAACAUCCCGACUUCCCAAUACCCACGGCAAACCUGAUCUCUUCAAUCUCAUCACCAACCCUCUUCGCUCCCCAUCCCUUCUCUCGACUCCUGUCCUCUCUUUUCUUUUCUCUUUUCUUCCUUCUUAGGAUUCGCUCUUGUUCACAAGCCUGCUAUGUUUAUGCACUUGGCAGAUCAUAUUGGCUUCAUUGUCGUUGACAUCCGUUUACAAGGCUUAGAGAGUUGAUCUAGCAAUCGUUGACACAAGCACAACAAGUAGAGUGGGCAGUCAGUCUGCCAAGGUUAUAGGGAACUGUGCUUUAGGAUUGACUACCUGCAUCUCUGUGUUUGCGUUGACGGUUUACCUCCAACCUCUAUCCACCAAGACCACUCACUAUCUCCCAUUACUCUCUAGCCCUUGCGAAGGUGAUGAACCGCGGCGAUGCCUCCCCAGACUUUUCGAUUCAACUCUACGAUGAGAAAUACGAACGUCCAGUUACAGGAUGAGAAGGCCGCUCCCGUAGUUUCGGCUGGAAUUUUCGACCCGCCGACAAAUCCCGUUUUCAUCGCUCCGCAGCGAAAAACCCAAAGACCAUCUAUCCGCCCUCUCCAAACCACACCAAGAAGAAAUCCUCCAAAAGGAAACGCGGAAAUGCGCUCCAGUUCAUCGACAAGACCGGAAGUUUCUGUUCCUCUUCAUGUUUCGAACUUGUUAGAAGCGACGGCAAUUCCGGUGCCGCGGACUUGGGCUGGUCGGAAACAGCGUCGUUUGUUGGACUAUAACAAUGCAGAAUAUCUGGGUGGCUUGUUUGCGGAGGGUAUAGCAGGAAACGAGUCUGGCAGAAUGGUUCGAGCAUCAAGAAAAUCCUCUCUCCACGUUCUUUUGAGCCCUCCAAACGAAUUGGCGGAUGACGAGAGCAACCUCCCGGCCGGAUCAGAGACUCCGGAUUCAGUAGAAUCCUUAUCGCUGGACUCUGUUCCUUCUUUAGAUAAUGAUGAUGAUGUUCCCACCCCAUUCAGUGACCCGGCAACUCCAUAUUUUCCCACUCAACGAUUGCCGUUUGUUCGGAAACAGCGUCUGUUCUCGCCCUGUGAAGCCUGCCCUCAGGACCACCCACUCCUUUCUUCGUCUAUACCAGAUAAUCACAUACACAUCGAUGAGACUCCCACAAAGCUACCAGCAUAUGGCUCAAACUCCUUCCGCUCUCUUCCAAAACUUGGAGCAACAGUCAAGUCAAACCUCACAGCCUCACUUCGAGCACUCAGAUCCGCCGCCCAAAGCGUCUCGAAUUUCACAGCCCCCUCAGUCCGUUCCGAAGAUUUUCUGACGCGAUCCUUCUUCUCCUUUUCUCCCGAGCUAACCGACGAUAAACAUCCUGUUCCAAUGAAGAACCCCCCUUCACCGGCACUCCGUCGCUAUUUAAACCCCUUGACCAUCUCCGCAGCUGAUAUUCACAUCUACAGCGAAUCCCCGCGAGGAACUCCCGUCCAACCGCUCAGAUGCACAGCCUCCAUUCAAAUGCAGACAUACAGCUCUCCAGUGGUCAAUAAAGUGCGCAGAAAUCGCCCGUUUCUUAAUCCGACAGGCGCAGAUGGCUCGCACGCUGAGAAUAGCGAUGAAUACAACGACUCUGACUACCAAGACGAGGAAGGCGAAGAAGACCCUCCACAAUCCCCGGCUCACCGCCAGCGCGAGCCCAGAGAGAACGGCGAUUUCCUCCGCAUGGUCGUCUUAGAAAUGAACAUGCGGCGUCGUGGUAAACUUCGAAGUGAUAUCCCCGGUCGAGCCAAAGUCUGGCUUCCGCCGAGGAAGACGGUGGUGUCGUCAUCGCCAUCAUCAUCUGCUGUGACUGUUUAUAUGAGUGCAGGUGGUGGUGGUGGUGGUGGAUGCGCUGGCUGCAAGAUUCCACGAAGGUGGAUUGCAGUAUCUGCAGAUGAAUUAUGUUGAUUUUCUCUUCUCCUCUUCCCUUACUUUUGUAUCCUCGUUCGCUUGACUGGCCAUACGCCGCGCAGCCCAUGCGCAUUUUCCUUUCCCUUGUUUUCCUUUAACUCAUUUUUCACUUUUACCUUGACGUUUUCAUAUGUCGAGCGGGUUGGCGAAUACUACAAGGCUGGAUUUUUUUAUAUACAUUUCUUUGGGUUAUAGUGGGUGUUCAAGAGGGUUUGGUUUUGGGGUUUUUUUCUGUGGUGAUAGAUAGGACAUGCUAUUUUAGUAUUUUAGCGAUUUUUUCAUGAAACGUGGAGGUUAAAGGCACCGCGCGGAACAACUCUAUUUACAUAGACAAGCUUACAAUCUGACUUAUCUUUGUGAGUCCCUUAUUUUACUGAGGUGUUUCCUUGGACGGUUGAAAACAGGGAUGGCCAUAAGGUGUCUGGGAAAGAAAAAAGAAAAAAGAAAAAUUGAAAUAAUAAUAAUUAGUUGGGUAGAGGUGAAGUAAAAACAUUUCAUUCAUUCAUGUACAUGUACGUCUGAAUAGCCAUUGCAUAACUGCUAUCCAACUUUGUCUCCUUAUCACGGGCACCCUGCCCCACGAUGGACUGACUACGCAUGCAGUUAAUCCGAGUCCGACUGAACUCAUGGCCACAGUCCUGGUUCCAAGCCAGCUGAAGUACAGGAGACCGCCGUCACAAUCCAAUCCAGCUUCCACAUGUUAUAAAGGGAGCAAGAGAGUCCCAUGACAGCACACCACUUGUCAACUUCCGGGAGCUACGGAGUUGAAGAUACCUAGUAUCUUCUUCCUAUAGGCAGUAGAAAUGAAUGAAACCCGUAAAGAAUACAGAAAGAGGCAGAGGACCGCCACUAGGAGGAUUCUAAAGCACCUUGAUAACUACCACCACCACGACCAUCGCCAUACAGAGCUGUAACAAGGGACAAGGCAAAUGAGGAAAAGGAAUCAAAAGCUCAUAGAUAUACAGGGUUCCCACCCAAGCCAAACCGCCGGGUACGUUUAGAUGCUUAAAACUUGGAACCCGUUCACUCCUUCAUUCCGCUAUUGCCAUACGCCUUCUACACCUCCUACAUCGGCUCAGCUGUCCCCAAAACGAGCAAUUUUCAACUUGAAUAUGAACCCUGUUUACUGCCAUGCUAUGAGUAAAAUGGUACAAUUUUUCAUUCCCAAGAGUCAUCUAACCACUGCUCCAGCUGCUAAAGACCAUAGAGAAUUCAAAAUAU